CGAAACAAACAAACAAAUCUCGCAAGUUCUUCAUUUCGACGCUCGGCCUUUAGCCUUCUUGACACAAUCUCCGUGUCUCUCUUACACACGCCAUGGCCGCCGUGAAGAAGCUCCCUCUUCAGUGCAGCACCGUGCACAACUCCGCCUAUGGCAUCGCAGACACAGCCGCCAACGGCAAGAAAACGAUCGAGGAGAUGUACCAGAAGAAGACGCAGCUCGAGCACAUUCUCCUCCGCCCUGACACCUAUAUUGGCUCGGUGGAGAAGCAUACCCAGACUCUAUGGGUCUACGAGAAUGAGGAGAUGGUUCACCGACCCGUGACCUAUGUGCCCGGGCUCUACAAGAUCUUUGACGAGAUAUUGGUUAAUGCUGCCGACAACAAGCAGAGGGAUCCAUCUAUGGACUCCCUCAAGGUCGACAUUGAUGCCGAGGCCGUCUGCAUUAGCAUCUACAACAAUGGUGAUGGUGUUCCGGUCGAGAUCCACCAGGAAGAGGGGGUCUACGUACCGGAGAUGAUUUUUGGACACCUCCUCACAAGCAGCAACUACGACGAUAACGUCAAGAAGACCACUGGUGGUAGGAACGGGUACGGUGCGAAGCUGACCAAUAUCUUCUCAACUGAGUUUAUCAUCCAGACGGCAGAUGGGAAGAGGCAAAAGAAGUACAAGCAGGUGUUCACCGGAAACAUGGGAACCAAAUCCCAGCCCUCCAUUACCAAAUGCAAGGAAGGAGAGAACUGGACUAAGGUUACGUUCAAGCCGGACCUGCUGAAGUUCAAUAUGGACCAUCUUGAAGAAGAUGUGGUUGCACUGAUGAAAAAGAGGGUUGUUGAUCUAGCUGGAACAUUGGGUAAGACUGUGAAGGUUGAGUUGAACGGGAAACGAUUACCUGUUAAAACUUUUGCUGAUUACGUGAACCUUUACCUCCAAUCUGCUUCCAAAUCUAGACCCGAGCCCCUUCCAAGGAUUGCUGAGAAAGUCAAUGAUCGGUGGGAGAUAUGUGUAAGCCUCACUGAUGGGCAGUUUCAACAGGUGAGCUUUGUUAAUUCCAUUAACACUAUUAAGGGAGGUACACACGUUGAGUAUGUCACCAGCCAAAUUGCUAGUCAUGUGAUGAGCAUUGUGAACAAAAAGAACAAGAAUGCAAACCUCAGGCCACAUAAUGUGAAGAAUCAUCUUUGGGUCUUUGUCAAUUGCCUCAUUGACAACCCUGCAUUUGACUCGCAAACUAAGGAAACAUUGACCACUCGUCAAGGAAGCUUCGGGUCAAAGUGCGAUCUUUCACAAGAAUUUCUCAAGAAGGUGGCUAAAUCAGGAAUUGUGGAAAGUCUUCUCUCAUGGGCUGAUUUCAAGCAGAAUAAGGAAUUGAAGAAGACAGAUGGAACAAAAAGGCAGAAAAUCUCUGGCAUUGUGAAGCUCGAUGACGCUAAUGAUGCUGGAGGAAAGAAUUCAGAGAAAUGCACAUUAAUCUUGACUGAAGGAGAUUCAGCCAAGGCUCUUGCUAUGGCUGGUAUCUCAGUUGUUGGUCGAAACAACUAUGGUGUGUUUCCUCUGAGAGGUAAAUUGCUGAAUGUUCGAGAAGCAAGUCAUAAACAGAUAAUGGAGAAUGCUGAAAUCCAGAAUAUAAAGCAAAUUCUAGGGUUGCAGCAAGGGAAAGAGUAUGAAAGUGUCAAGGGUUUACGAUAUGGUCAUCUCAUGAUAAUGACAGAUCAGGAUCAUGAUGGCUCUCACAUUAAGGGGCUCUUGAUUAACUUUAUACACUCAUUUUGGCCUUCACUGCUUAAAAUCCCCUCGUUCUUGGUAGAGUUCAUAACACCGAUUGUGAAGGCAACUUACAGAACAGGUAAGGUCUUGUCUUUUUACACUAUGCCUGAGUAUGAAUCUUGGAAAGAAAGUUUGGGUGGCAAUGCAAGUGGCUGGUCUAUAAAGUACUAUAAGGGGUUGGGAACUAGCACAUCCAAAGAAGGAAAGGAGUACUUCCAAGAUCUUCAAAAGCACAAGAAAGAUUUUGUAUGGUUUGAUGAACAGGACGGAGAAGCUAUAGAACUUGCAUUCAGCAAAAAGAAAAUUGAAGCCAGGAAAAAUUGGCUGCGGCAAUUUGAACCUGGAACUUACCUGGAUCAGAACGAAAAACUUAUUAGCUAUAGUGACUUUGUCAACAAGGAGCUGAUAUUAUUCUCCAUGGCAGACUUGCAGCGGUCUAUUCCAUCCAUGGUUGAUGGUUUAAAACCUGGCCAAAGAAAGAUUCUAUUUUGCUCCUUCAAAAGGAACUUUGUCAAGGAAGCAAAGAUUUCUCAAUUUUCAGGUUAUGUUUCUGAGCAUUCAGCUUACCAUCAUGGCGAACAAAGUCUUGCCAGUACUAUAAUUGGAAUGGCCCAAGAUUUCGUAGGUAGCAAUAAUAUCAAUCUUCUGCAGCCAAAUGGGCAAUUUGGAACUCGGCACCAAGGAGGCAAGGACCAUGCUAGUGCCAGGUAUAUUUACACGAAGUUGUCACCCAUGACCAGGUUCUUGUUUCCCAAGGAAGAUGAUCUUAUUCUUGACUAUAUGAGUGAGGAUGGGCAAUCAAUUGAACCCGCCUGGUAUGUUCCAAUUAUUCCCAUGGUCUUAGUAAAUGGGAGUGAGGGAAUUGGUACUGGUUGGAGCUCUUACAUUCCUAAUUAUAAUCCAAGAGAUAUUGUAAAAAAUUUAAGGCGUUUGCUUAAUGAUGAGCCAAUGUUACCAAUGGAUCCAUGGUAUCGCGGUUUCAAGGGCCUAAUUGAGAAAACAGCAGUGAAGGAAGCUUGCGCUACCUACACUGUCACUGGCAUCAUAGAGGAGAGUGACAGCAACACUUUAACAAUAACUGAGCUUCCAGUUCGAAGAUGGACUCAGGACUACAAGGAAUUUCUGGAAUCAUUGGUGACAGGAACUGAUAAAGUUAAGGAGCCAUUUAUUAAGGACUAUAGAGAAUACAAUGAUGACACCACUGUGCAUUUUGAGGUUACAUUGUCCGACCAGAACUUGAUAAUGGCAAAGCAAGAGGGACUUGAGAAAAAGUUUAAACUUUCUACUACUAUCAGCACUAGCAAUAUGCAUCUUUUUGACCACAAGGGAGUCAUUAAGAAAUAUGAUACACCAGAACAAAUUCUUGAGGAGUUUUUCCAUCUAAGGAUUACAUAUUAUGAGAAAAGGAAGAAAGCUUUGCUGGAUAAUCUUGAGUUGGACCUGUUAAAGCUGGACAACAAAGUUAGGUUCAUUCUUGGUGUUGUUAAAGGUCAGAUCAUAGUUAACAACAGGAAGAGGGCAGAAUUGUUCCUUGAGCUACAAGAGAAAGGGUUCACUCCAUUCCCAAAGAAAACUAAGGGCGUUGAUGUAGCUAUAGCUGGAGCCACACCAGAAACUGAAGAAUCCGAGGAGACUACAGAAGUAGUUAAAGGUGGAGUGAAGCCGAGUGAUUAUGACUACCUACUCUCCUUGGCUAUAGGAACCUUGACCUGGGAAAAGGUUCAGGAACUUUGCUCUGAGAAGGAGAAAUUUGAAAAUGAUGUGAAGGAAUUGAGGGGUUCCUCACCUAGUUCACUAUGGAUCAAAGAUUUAGAUGCUCUAGAUAAAGAGCUAGAUAAUCUAGAAAGACAAGAUGCUGAAGCUGAAGUAACGAGGAAAAAAAUCAAGGCAAAAGCAGGUAAUGGUGGUGCUGCGGCUGCUAAACAAGCACCAAAGAAGCCAAGGAAGAACAACACGAAGCCUUCUGCAGCUACUGAACCAAUUGCAAUUGAUUCUGAAACUGUUCAAGAGGUAACUAAGAAUAAACCUAAAAGGCUCCAAAAUAAAUCUAAAUCUCAGCCUGUUUCUGUUGAAAGCGAUGAAGAUGAAGAUUUAGUUGCACUCAAAGAAAGACUGGAAGCAUACAAUCUUGAUUCUUCCCCAGAAAGGCUUGCCAUGGAGACUGAAACUAUGCCGGAGGCUGCUGCAGCUAAAGAAGGACCAAAGAAGAGAGCUGCAGCUGCAAGGAAAGCCAUGACAGUUGUGUCUGAUGAGGAUACCGAUGAUGAAGAUUUUGAAAACAGCAAGGUCCCUAAAGGGAAGAAAGGAGCUGGUGGAGGAAGAAAGCCAGCAAAUGCUACGAAGGCCAAAGCAACGAUCACAACGAAGAAAAGAGAGGGACAGAUCAAACCAUUAUUGGCACAGAAGCUCAUUUCUGAACUUUUGCCGCCUGCAACAAAUGCUGUCGACUCUCCAGAGAAGAAAGUGAGGAAGAUUAGGCCAUCUCCCUUCAACAAGAAGAGCGGCUCGUUCUUAGACAAGUCUGGAAUCAAUGGUAGCAGCAGUGAAAAUUCUUCUCUUGGAACUUCUGAUGAAGCACAGCGUGAGGAUUCUGUUGCAAAGGCGAGGCCGAAGAGGGAGAACAGAACCAGAGCUGUGUAUGUAGAGAGUAGUGAGAGUGCAGCAGAAGAUGAGGAGGAUGAUGAGGUCUUAUCUGAAUAUUCCAACUUCGAGGAGGAAGAUGACGAUUAGAGUCGCGAGAUAGUUUUGAUCAUUGUCUUCUAAUGAAUUUUAAAGCAAGAAUAGGGACAUUUAACGGCUAUAUAUUGUGCCGAUUGCUAAUAAGUGAUUUCUAAUUUUUUUAUCUGUUAAUUAGCUGAAUUUCUAAGCUGGCUGUUAACAAACUUUAAAAGCUCGCUAUAUUAAUGAUUAAGCUUGAAUACAAAUGCU